UGGAAUGUUAGUGUCUCGGUGUCUCUGAAGUUUAGACCUACGCUCAGUGUAGGUAAAGCUGUGAAAGCAGUAGUGACGAUCAUUAAUUUACUGCUCCAUCAUGUCUCGUGUUUCGAAGAGAUUUUAUCGUUCAGAUAGUGUACACAAUCUUGCAUUUUUGGACAGAGGUGAAACAGCAGCUGCAGAAAAUCGUUUUAUUUUCGAGAUAAGUCACGAAGCGGCGAAUAAAGUUGGUGGUAUAUACCAAGUGAUCAGAAGCAAAUGUGGAGCCUCAGUAGAGGAGUUAGGCGACCAGUACAUACUGCUGGGUCCCUACAAGGAGGCCACCGCCCAGACUGAGGUUGAGAUCACCGACUUUGGGGAAGACUCUCCCCUCCAGGGGCCCUGUGAGAAGCUCCGCUCCUUCGGGUGGAAGGUGCACAUGGGCAGAUGGUUGGUAGACGGCAACCCGCAAAUAAUUUUGUUCGACAUCGGGUCGGCGUCGCACGACCUGGACCGCUACAAGCACGAGCUCUUCGAGAACACCAAGAUCGGCAUCCCUAACGGCGACAUCGAGUGCAACGACGCUGUCAUCUUCGGCUUCAUGGUCGCAAAGUUCCUUGAGGAGUUUCGGUCGACAUGCGCUGAGUUUUGCGAGGACCAGCCUCGCGUGGUCGCGCACUUCCACGAGUACUCUCUUCUAUGCGUGGAGGCGACUCACCUGCUCAAGAGGCACCCCGACGUCAUCACGCCCAACGGCCUCAACGUCAAGAAGUUCGCAGCCCUGCACGAGUUCCAGAACAUGCACGCCAUCGCCAAGGAGAAGAUCAACGACUUCGUUAGAGGCCAUUUUCACGGGCACAUGGACUUCGACUUGGACAAAACUUUGUACUUUUUCAUCGCUGGUCGCUAUGAGUUCGGCAACAAGGGUGCCGAUGUAUUCAUCGAGGCCAUGGCCAGACUCAACCAUUAUAUGAAGUUCAACAUAGACGACGAGGCGGGCCGUCGUGGCAUCUACCACCGCUACUGCAUGGAACGCGCCGCAUGUCACCUGGCCCACACCUUCACCACCGUCUCUGAUAUUACAGGUGUGGAGGCGACGCACCUGCUCAAGAGACACCCCGACGUCAUCACGCCCAACGGCCUCAACGUCAAGAAGUUCGCAGCCCUGCACGAGUUCCAGAACAUGCACGCCAUCGCCAAGGAGAAGAUCAACGACUUCGUUAGAGGCCAUUUUCACGGGCACAUGGACUUCGACUUGGACAAAACUUUGUACUUUUUCAUCGCUGGUCGCUAUGAGUUCGGCAACAAGGGUGCCGAUGUAUUCAUCGAGGCCAUGGCCAGACUCAACCAUUAUAUGAAGGCGUCAAACGUAGACAGAACAGUCAUCGUGUUCAUCAUCUUCCCUGCGAAGACAAACAAUUUCAACGUGGAGAGCCUGCGCGGUCAAGCCGUCACCAAGAGUUUGCGCGACACCAUUCAUGAAAUUCAGUCCAAGAUGGGCAAGAGGAUGUAUGAUAUCUGCCUGACCGGGCGGUUGCCGACGACAGACGAGCUAAUGCUGAAGGAGGACACGGUGCGGCUGAAGCGCUGCAUUUACUCAGCGCAGAAGAAGAGCUUGCCGCCCAUCACCACGCACAACAUCAUCGACGACGCCAGGGAUCCUGUCUUGAAUGCCAUCAGGCGCUGCAAGCUCUUCAACGAUCCUGCUGAUAAAGUCAAGGUUGUGUUCCAUCCCGAGUUCCUAUCGGUGACAAGUCCGCUGCUAGGGAUGGACUAUGAAGAAUUUGUCCGCGGUUGCCACCUGGGCGUGUUCCCUUCAUACUACGAGCCGUGGGGCUACACUCCUGCUGAGUGUACCGUCAUGGGCAUACCUUCUGUCACCACCAACCUGUCUGGUUUCGGUUGCUUCAUCGCGGAACACGUGGCUGACCCAAUGAGCUACGGGAUCUACAUCGUGGACCGCCGCCACAUCGGCCUGGAGGAGUCCGUGCGGCAGCUGGCGCAAUAUCUUUACGACUUUACGACCCUCAACCGACGACAACGCAUCAUCCAGCGUAACAGAACCGAGCGUCUCUCCGAGCUGCUCGACUGGAGGAUCCUAGCUGGCUACUACCGGCAAGCGCGGCAGGAGGCGCUGGUGAAGGUGUACCCUGACCUGAAGCUGCAGGAGGACCUGAAGGGCGGCGCGUCUAACAUCAACUACCCGCGCCCCAUCAGCGAGCCUCCGUCGCCCUCUUCGUCCCGCGCCACAACUCCAGCGCCCUCACAGCACGGCAGCGACGAGGAGAGCGUCGACAGCGAGGGAGAGUUGGAGGAGCUGAAGAGCAGGUCAGAAGAUGACUAAGCCGUCGCGUGUCUCUGGCUCCUGUGAACUGAAAGUCGCCAGCUGUCCUGGCGAGAAACAAGAUAUUGUCCACUGCCUCUGAAAUUAUUAUGUACUCUUUAGUUGAGACUGCCAUUGUAAGUAAGUAACAUCUUCGAAAGAUAGUGCCAUGUUAGAGGUAGAGUACCUCUACCAAUGGUAGAGUACCUCUACCAAUGGUAGAGUACCUCUAUCAAUGAAAGAUUACUCCUACCAAUGAAGGAGUGCCUCUACCAUUGGUAGAGGAGUAUCAGGAAGAGAAGGUUCAUAUCGUUAAGUCUUGCGCGGUGAGAAAAAUUAAGGGGUCAUACUGUCCAAAAAGUAACACACUUUUUGCAUAUAGCGCUUAUACGUCCUUUUCCGGCGCUAAAAUGGGUUAUGAUGACCCUCAUAGGAGCUAAAAGGGAAUCGUUAAUUAGACGAAGUCUCACUCAUAUUUCGUAGUGCAUGUCCAUUCUUGAUGCAGGAGAAAAAAAGUGCUGCUGGUGCGCAACUUAGUAUCAAAAGUUACCAUCAAGUUGAGUGUAGUUAAGGUUUACUCUCAACGAUGGUGUGUUGAGAUGAAUGUUCUUUUAAGAGGUGUGGGAAGCGACUUUCAUAUUCUAUUGUUCAAUAUUGAUAUACAUACAAUACGGUGGAAAAUCAUUUUCACGUAGUGUGUGGAACUUUACUUGCUGAAAUCUAAUGAAAAGUUGCGGUACUGUGGUAGUUUUUCUGCUUUAAAACUGCCGAAAACUGGGAAUUACCCACUGGCGCUUUAAUUACCCCAUUAGUGCUGGAAUUUCCCCAUUAGGGCUCAAAUUACCCCAUUAGGGCUUGAAUUACUCCACUGGAAGUAGAGUUGCCCCACUUGGGGGAGGAACUACUUCAUCAGGGAUAGCAUUACCCUACUGGGGGUAGAAUUACUCCAUUUGGGAUGGAAUCGCUCCACUAGGGGUAGAAUUACCCCAACCCAUUUCCACCUGAAACGCCACCCUGCUCUCAUGUGAUGCUCCUAAUUCAUAAUACCGCUGCACAUGCAUUUAAGCAGUGGUAUAAAUCUGGCUAUGGGAUAUUCAAUUAUUCAUGAUUGUUGAAUGAAGUUAAUUGUGUAUCAACGGUGCUCAUAUUGCUCUAUGAUGUAUGUAAUGAAGCGCGGUCAUUUUCCGUGCACGUCGAUUGUAUUGUGCAAUUUCUGGUGCUAGUGUUGAGAAUUUAAAUGCUUCAUGAAGCAGAGGAUACAAAUAAUUUUAAUUUUCUCGUGUGCCAUUUAGAAAGUGCAGCUUUUGACGAAGAUACCACACACCAUUGAAUGGUAAAAAGGCCUUUUACCUCGCAAUCAUGGUUAAGGUAUCAACGGUGCCAUACAUAAGCAUUUCUCUGACGACUUUACAACGUUGUAAAAAACGAAUUAGUUCAAUGCCUGUUGAAAGUGAGGGUCGUCGUGAAAGGUAAGCAACCUGCUGCGGAUAAGUUUGUUCGGACGGAACGUUGCAGUUCCGGCAAAGUAGUUCGCCGUACAGGCCAGUACGAGUGAAGUGGUAAUGUUACUCUUCCUUAUCGACAGCUCAGUGACCCAUCUUCAUGUGAAAUAUUCGCGCAUUGAUUCGUGUAGCUCAAAAUAAAACAUUCUAGAUUAGUAGACUCUAUUCACCUGCUAGAUAUCUUUCUUUAAAUGUGUUCUAAUUUAAAUAUUUUAUUUGCGCUUAAGAGAUGAGAAACAGAGCCAAAAUCGUAUCCGAGCUGAAAUAUGGUAAAAGAUGUCAUAAAGAUUGAUAUUUUAUGCCCAUGACAAUAGAUUCAAAAUAAAACAUUAAUUAUUGAAGCCGUGCAAGUCGUCAUAUGAAGAGGCGAUCUAAUCAAGAAAGUUCACCUCGUUUGCUGCGUGGCACGAGUAAUGAAAUCAUUUUACUUGUUAAGCAAAUGUAUUUUUAUGUCAAUAUUAUCUGUUAAGUUUGAGCAAAUUGAAUGUGUUUAGUUUUUCCUUUGUAAAAAAAUUAAGUUGGGUAAAACAUUCAACUCGUGUACGAUGUGUGAACUAUACCCACUACUCGUAUUAUAUUUUUUCGUGCUUAAUAUUAUCUGAUUCAAUCAAGACGAUAGAAAGGAGGCAAAAUGAGAUGUUUGUGUACUGUUGAUCACCAAAAAAUUGACGCCUACUUCAUUUUGAGACAGCAACGCUGUAAGAAACCUGUAAUGAAUAAUUAUAUACUUCCAAGCUAUUAGAAAACAUGAAUAAAAUGUACUGCAUUUAAUGAUUUAACGAAAUGAAUAAUUUAAUGCGGACGUCGCGGCUUCGUUCAGCAGACAUAGGCGUAGUAAUUCGUAGCUUGGGAGAGCUUAUGCAUUCUUUCCAAUAAAUUGUAAAGCGAA